GGACUGAUAUUUGGAAUUCUUGGCGAUCGAACGAAGAAAUUUGGACGAGAUUCUGUUAUUUUCCUAGGAACAGUUGUUCACCUUGCGGCUUUUCUAUUGAUCUUCAUGAACUUUCCUGCUAAUUCUCCGCUACAGAAAACCAGCGACACUGGCGGUCUCAUCGAACCCAGCAUUGGUUUGUGGAGCACUGCUCGGAUUUGGCGAUGCCUGUUGGAACACCAAAUUUAUGCGUUCCUUUGCGAUGUGUACGCAGAUAAAAGCAGUGAAGCGUUUGCUCUGUUCAAAUUCUAUCAAUCACUCCUUUCCUGCGCUGCAUUCUUCUACUCAUCGAUGUUAAUGCUGCAAUGGCACCUUCUGAUUUUGGUGACCACCUCACUUAUUGCCGCGUUCUGUUUCUUUCUCUCAGAACGACUUCUUCUCAGUACAAGAGCGAAAGGAGACACUUAG